GAGAGAGAGAGAGAGAGAGAGAGAGAGAGAGAGAGAGAGAGAGAGAGAGAGAGAGAGAGAGAGAGAUUCUUCCCGGAGCUUCUAGAAAGAGACGAACAACAGCGCAACAAUGUUAAAAAAAAUCAUAAUGUUACUGUAAAUACGAAAAAGUCAUUAUUUCGAAAUCCCUCUUAUUUAGAGGUAAACAUAUAUUCAUUCUAUAUGUCUACCCGUUCUCGUCCAUAAAGCAGUGACUGUGAUCGUUCUAAAUAUAGAAAGAUUUAGAAUAGAAAAGUAAAAAAAAAAUGUACCUCGCAUGACACAUUGCAUUUGGUAAGUAAUGCAUGGUAGCAGUGUUCUAUCAGGCCACUCCAUUGUAGUUACAGAGAAGGGACCAACCGCAUUACACCAGUCUUCAGGAUGGCAGACGAACUCAAAGUUCAUACCGCCAUGUCGUCUUCACCGUCAGUGACACCGGAGAGUUUGGUGACGGAAGACCAGGUGCGGGAAGCGCUCACGUCAGACAAAGGCGCCGCCGCACAACUCACCGCUUGGAAGAUCGUGGACUUCACCAAGAAGGGCGACAGUUAUGCCUCUGUAGUGACCAGCGUCGAGGUUAAGUAUGAGCUCGACGGCAAGAGCUCACAGGUGGUCUAUGUAGUAAAGAUUAAUUCCAAAAAGGAUUAUGCUAUAGCCUUCCAAAAGGAAUGCAAUUUUUUUCUUGACAUCGCACCUCAGAUAAACUCUGUAUUAAGAGACAUUGGUCACACAGAGAUCAAUGUUCCCAAAUGCUUCCAUGCAAGUCUGGAGGAAGGAAAAGAAGUAAUAUUCCUUGAGGACCUACGAGCUAGAAGCUAUAAAAUGGCUGACCGUAAGCAAGGGUUGGACAAGGCUCACACUAACCUCGUGCUGAGGGAGCUUGCCAGGCUCCACGCCGCCUCCCUGCUGCUGCAGAACAAGACCCCCGACGAGAACCUCGAAGAAAAGUACCCUCUUUUGAAAAUAGACUGGUCAUAUUACAUUAUAAACAGUGAUUCUGUAUUGAAUAUGUUCAAAGAAAGUGCAAAACUCUCUCAAACAAUCACCAAAAAGGUGGAUGGGUAUGAGAGAGUAACUGCCUGGAUAGACACAAUCAUCCCUAACAUGAGGGACAUCUUCUCCGAGCAGACGGAACACGCGAUGCCUAAAGUAGUGUGUCACGGAGACUGCUGGAACAACAACCUUCUCUUCAGGUACAGCGAGACCGGUCACCCCGAGGACGUGAUGCUCCUCGACUUGCAGCUGACAAGCUACGGUAUUCCUGCUGCCGAUCUCAACUACCUCCUUUAUAGUAGCAUGACGGGGAACGUAAGGAAGCCCAACAUUGAAGCCUUCCUAGAUUCCUACUACAUAACUUUCAAGGACGUCAUGGAGGCUGGCGGCAAGACAGUACCAUUCACUAGGGCGCAGCUCCUCAAGGACUUCAGGGACGGGAACCUCGCUGGCUUAGUAUUCGCCAUGAUGUUUGUACCGAUUGUGCUUUUUGAGACUGAAGGUGAAGUAGACACUUCGAAAGAGAAUAAAGAAGAUAUUUUAGAAAUGCUUCGUGAGACAAGAGAAAAGUCAUUUGAAAUGAUAGACACAAAUCCACAUUUAAAGCCAAGAUUAUUGUCUGUUUUCGACGAAAUGUUCGAACUAGGGAUUAUUCCAGAGAGAGAGAGAGAGAGAGAGAGAGAGAGAGAGAGAGAGAGAGAGAGAGAGAGAGAGAGAGAGAGAGAGAGAGAGAGAGAGAGAGAGAGAGAG